AUGUCGUGCUACAGCGGACAAACCAUGUGCGGAUGUUGGUAUCCCGUGCAGAACAACAGCAACUGGAUGAAUCCGAUUGAAAGAAGAUAUCUUCCACAAGUUGAGUUGUCAUCAUCCACAAACAUCCUCGCCGUCACCUCUCGAACAACUCUCACACAGACCUUUGUCAACCCUGAAGACAAAACCCUUGACGAGAUUCAAUACACAUUCCCGCUCUACGAUGGAAUAAGUGUGGUUGGCUUCACUUGCACUAUUGGUGCCAAAACCAUUGUUGGCGUGGUCAAGGAAAAGCAACAAGCCAAGGUGGAUUACCAAGGCGCCAUCGCUCGUGGUGAGACUGCUGGCCUCCUUCAACAACUUCCAGAGGCUUCCGAUGUCUUCACUACAUCCAUUGGCAAUGUCCCACCAAAGGGAAAGAUUCAUGUUGAAAUUGUGUACCUUGGUGAGCUCAAACACGAUGCCGAAACAGAUGGUUCACGUUUCACCAUCCCAACCAUCAUUGCACCUCGCUACGGCUCUGUCUCGGCUGAAUCGGCAGACGCUCUUGCCAGCACAUACACCAAAGGCGGUAUUUCCAUCUCAGUGGACGUCACCCUCGAAGAAGGUGCAAUCGUGCGAGGCCUUCAAUCACCGAGUCAUCCGAUCGCUGUCACCAUGGGCCGAACCAGUACUAUGGAAGAAGAUUCCUUCUGUACCAACAAUGCAUCGGCGACAUUGACACUCGGCACGACUGAGCUUGACAAAGACUUCAUCAUUGUUGUACUUGCUAAAGGCACAGACACCCCACGAGCCUUUCUCGAAACACACUCCACUAUUCCUCAUCAGCGCGCAAUCAUGGCAACACUCGUGCCCAAAUUCAACCUUCCAAACAUCUCCCCAGAGAUUGUCUUCGUUGUGGACAGAAGUGGCAGUAUGGGGAGUAAUACUCCACUUGUUGUCGAUGCUUUGAAGAUAUUUUUGAAGUCGUUGCCGGUCGGGGUCAAAUUCAACAUCUGCUCAUUUGGUUCGAGCCACUCUUUCCUUUUCAAGAAGAGCAAGACAUAUGAUCAAUCAAGCUUGAGUGAAGCUCUCAAACACCUCGAGAGUUUUGCCGCUGACAUGGGCGGCACUGAGUUGCUGGCACCUGUCAGGCAGACCGUCAAGAACAGAUAUCAAGAUCUUCCUCUUGAGGUUAUGAUUCUGACCGAUGGACAGAUUUGGAAUCAGGAAGAGCUUUUCACCUUUGUGAACGAAGCCACCAAUGCCCGCUUUUUCUCCUUGGGUAUUGGCCAUGGCGCAUCCUCUGCACUUGUUGAAGGCAUUGCUCGUGCUGGCAAUGGCUUCGCACAAUUUGUAGGAGACAACGAGAGAAUCGACAAACGCGUCGUCCGCAUGCUGAAAGGAGCCUUGUCUCCCCACAUCACCGACUACACUCUCGCAGUCACAUAUGAAGAGGAAUCCAUCUCUGCAGAUGAUGACUUCGAAAUGGUCGAGGUCACGCCCAGCUCCACUAAGACAGUCGUUGCUGAAUUGAAGAGGCCAAUGAUACAGAAGCCUAUUUCACUGUUUGACACCACUGCACCAGAAGAACCGACCAACCCACCAGCAGGACGUUACGAUCAUGUUCCCGAUGUACCUGUCCCCAAAGUGUUGCAGACUCCAUACAAAAUUCCAGCUCUCUUUCCGUUCAACCGCACAACUGCUUAUCUCAUUCUUGGCCCUGACUCUCCUCAGAAGACACCAAAGGCCGUCACACUACGCGGUACGAGUGAGCUUGGACCGUUGGAGCUCGAGAUACCCAUCCGAGAUGCCGGAGUUGGCGAAACCAUCCACCAACUCGCCGCGAAGAAAGCAAUUCUUGAGCUCGAAGAAGGUCGAGGCUGGAUCACCGAAGUACGCAACGACCAAGGUAAACUCCUGAAAUCCGCUCAUCGAGGCAAAUGGGAUCUCAUGGUCGAACGCGAAGCCGUCAGAUUGGGUGUGAAAUUCCAGGUCGGUGGGAAAUGGUGCUCAUUCGUGGCUGUCGAGAAGAAUGCCCAAGACGAGAACAACGCUUCUCCAUCCACUGCCGAAGUCGUUGACAGACCAGGGAAACGUGCCGCAGAUGCGUCCAGUAAGUCUCGUCCUGCUUAUGGAUUUCCUAGUGCCGCUCCCUCGUCAUCGUCGUACCCGAAUCACGCCUUUUCACUUUUCGCCGGCACUGCCAUUCCAGGAAACUCGACUGGGGGAAGCCUCUUUGGAGCAACAUCUACACCAACUCCGACUCAGUCGGCCGGCGCCCGCUUUGGAUGUACCUCCCAACAGCCUAUGCAAGCCCCAACAGAUAGCUUGUUCGGGCUCAGUCAUUCUGGUUUCGGUGCAUGCAGAGCUGCUUCCCAAGAUGCUGACUCCUCUGGCACAGAUCCCGAACGCAGUGUCAAACGUGCACCCACCAGCCAAAACCCCGUGUACCCUGCUGCCCAACAACAACCUUUGCAAACACAGAUGCCAAUGCAGAUGCAGCAGAUGCAAGCCCAAGCACAAAUGCCAAUGCAGGUACCGCAGACGCAAGCCCAUUACUGCUAUGCGCCGGGGCACGCGCAAGCUCCAUCUACCCAACUCUCUCAGUAUCAAUCCGGACUCAUGGCGCUCAACCAGCAGCCAGUAAAUGACUACACGUUGAUGAUGCAAGCCGCCGGCCCAUUUCAGGUCGAUGGACGCAUGCGAGUGCUCCCACCACCCGCUCCCAGCGCCUUUGCAGCUCCGACAGAUCCGGCACGUCACCGUAAGCGCGGCCCCGGAGUGGCCGCGCGCAAAUCUACCGGCGGCAUGGCACCGCGCAAACAACUCGCCUCUUCUCCUGCGAAGGCAUUGAAUCCCGCAAACGCAUUGGCGCUCCCUGACGAAGAGGACGAGCUCGACGACGGCAAUACCACCUCAGAUCUGAUGGAAGUCCAGAUCCAGCAAGACCUGUCCACACUCUCCGACACCGACAAGAUGCACCGUAUCAUUGACCUGCAACAAUUUGGCGGACCAUGGCUCAUUUCGGUUGCACUGCUCAACAUUAUCGGUGUGACUGUCCAACAGGUCAACAAUCAGAUGGAGGCGCACCCACACGCACACUCUGAUUCCGAUGCCGAUGCCGCGAAAGCCACGGCCCUGGCAGUAUCAUGGUUGAAGACCAGAGUCCCCAAUGAGGAAGAUGUUUGGGAGAUGGUCGUCGAGAAGGCUAUGGCUUGGCUGGAAGGCAGACUGGGCCGGGAUGAGGCGAAGAAGAUCAUUGAUGAUGCAGCUAAGAUGGUCUAA